AACAAAAAAUUCAAAUGAUUUGAAUUUCGAAAGUCGAAUCCAGAAACGCGAAUUAAAAUAAUGUUAGUUAUAAAAAUAAAUUAAAACAGAUAAAAACAAACCAAACACACUUCCACAUUAGAAUGUCAAGAACACGCGAAAUAAUAAUAAAUCUUAAAAAUGUGAUAUGUCAUAAUUACAUACAAUCCAAUCCACAGAUAAUGAAUAAAUUGCGUAACGCAUUAGCAUAGAAUAAAUAAAACAACACGUAACAGAGAAAAUGAAACGAAAGUGAAGUUAUACAGACGUUACUUCCGAUUUUGGCGCGAACGCGUGAGGACGUCAGUGUUGCUAUGUGCAAAAUUGUGUCAGAGUGAAAUGUGCGUAAACCGGAGCGCGCGAAUUCAAAAUUUCAAAAUUCGUAGAAGAAUGUUUUUAUUUUUUUUCGCGCUUGUGCAUUUGGCGGGUUGUUCGGAUUCUGAUAAUGACGUUUUCACAAUGGAUGACAGUUUGGAGGCGUCGGAUAGGCGAAGGCCGAAUAAUGGCCCGGAGAAAGAUAUUUUGAUGUUGGACGCAUUGGGCAGGCGGAAGGGAUCGUAUGGUGGAUACAGUUCGUCACAGGAAGACGAAUCUAUUAUGGAUUUGUUGGGGAAAAUGAUACCCCAGACCUGUCGAUACCGUGGUGCUCGGUACUCCUGCGGUCUGAGCAUAUCGUGCGUGCUUGGAGGGGGGAAGCCUCUGGACCUGUGCUCUGGGGGGAUGAUAUGGGCCUGCUGUGUGGACCGGGACACGACUGAGAAGCCUACGGAGAUCGCGCCGGUUGUACAUAAUGCGAGUGACCUUAUAGAGAUCAUCGGCACAUUCCCACAAGACACGUACACAAACCAAUUCGACCCAGUCUACAUAUACACUGCGCACAACCGGCCAGAACCAGACUCGAACCGGCCAGAACCAGACUCGAACCGGCCAAAACCGGACUGGAACUAUUUCCAAGUGAAACCCUCGUACCAUGAGACUACGGAGUUCCACCAGGACCCGUUCUUGGGCCACGAUGGUGGUGAUGAUUAUGUGCCAGUGCACGGUCUUAAUAGACCGAGUUAUCCGGGUUGCGGAGAACAUUUCACACGAUCGAACCGUAUUGUAGGCGGCCAUUCUACCGGCUUCGGCUCCCAUCCAUGGCAGGCUGCGUUAAUAAAAUCUGGCUUUCUGAGCAAGAAGCUCGCGUGUGGAGGCGCCCUUAUAUCUGAUCGAUGGGUGAUCACAGCUGCUCAUUGUGUUGCUACUACUCCAAACUCCCAACUCCGAGUCCGUCUCGGCGAAUGGGACGUCCGAGACGCGGGCGAAAGAUAUUCGCAUGAAGAAUUCGCGGUACAAAGAAAGGAAGUGCAUCCGUCGUAUGAACCAGCGGACUUUAGGAAUGAUGUUGCGCUAGUACAGCUUGAUAGAGGAGUUGUUUUCAAGCAACAUAUAUUACCGGUGUGUUUACCACAAAAGCAAAUGAAACUAGCGGGCAAGAUGGCGACCGUCGCGGGCUGGGGACGGACUCGGCACGGGCAGAGCACUGUGCCUUCUGUGUUACAGGAGGUAGACGUAGAAGUGAUUCCCAACGAACGCUGUCAGCGUUGGUUCCGAGCGGCCGGACGGAGGGAAACUAUACAUGAUGUGUUCUUAUGUGCUGGAUAUAAAGAGGGAGGCAGAGACUCCUGUCAAGGGGACAGCGGAGGCCCACUAACAAUGAAACUCGAAGGGCGAAGCACCCUCAUAGGGCUGGUCUCUUGGGGAAUUGGCUGUGGAAGGGAACACCUUCCCGGGGUAUACACUAAUAUACAGAAAUUCGUUCCCUGGAUAGAUAAAUUGGUUAAUACGUGAUUUUUUGUGUGUAAAUAAUUACAUACUUGUUUAUACGACAUUUUUUCGUAUGGAUAUGACUUUGGACAGAGAAAUGAUACAAUUUUUUUUUUGUGUACCUACGUGACUUGGAUUUGAAAAAAAAAAGUGAUUUUCAUGAAAAUUACGUCGAAAUGGAAAACGAAUCUUUUUGUGUGUAUAAAUGAUUUGGGGACAGAAAUGUAAUAUUUUGUAAAAUUGUUAAUAUCUGAUAACUUGUUAAUACCUACAUGAGUAAACGAACAAAAAUUCUAAUUUACUUUAAAAGACUUGGAAAAUUGAAUAAAUUUAAAAUUGUAUUUGUAAAAUUACUUGCAAAAUGAAGACAUUAUAGAAUCUACUAAAAGCUGAAAACAGUACUUCAACUUGCGUAUGGGAAAAUAAAAAUUUAAGAUAAAAUAACAAUAUGCAUAUACCUAAUUGACUUGGAAAUCGAAAAAUGAAUGUUUUUUUCAUGUUUUCCUAUAUUUAAAAGCUCUCUUGGAUAACAAUUAUUAUUGUUAAAUUGAAUUAAAGUAAAAAUUGCUAGAAUUUCAUGUGAUAUAAUUAAAUAAGCAAUAAUCUUUUGAAGUGUGAUUUUUUAAAACAACGCCAUCUAGUCCCAAAUAAACGAAACUCGUGGGUACUAGAAAAUUUUAAAUAUCGUUUUUGUAAAUAAUAUAAUUAAUUUAUGAUAAAUAUUUUAUAGAUAACAAAAUAAAUACUCAAAUUUUGCAAUUAU